CCAGCCUACCUUCAUCUCUCUCGCUUUAUCUUUAACCGAUAUCAACUAAAUUCAACUCAAUAGGAAGCACGAAGCAAAAGCUAAAAGAGCACGAAAUCUUUGUUAUUGAUUUUCCGGGAAUAUGUCGAGCUCGACGGAAAGGUCGGAGUCAGGGGGACACAAGCCGGCUGAGAAGUCGAGCUUCUCGCACAAGUGUAGUCUAUUAAGUCAGUACUUGAAGGAGAAUGGGAGUUUUGGAGAUCUGAGUCUAGGAAUGACAUGCAACAUUGAAGGAAACGGAAAGCCGGAGAUGUUGAGACGGGCUACCACAGUUUUGAAUUUGUUUCCAAUGAGUGAGAACCCAGCUGAGGUUUCGGGCCAAAAUAAUGCAAAAAUGGUCAAACCAAUGGUGUUCCCCGAAGCAGCUGGUUUCCAUGUAUUCAAGGAGGAGGAGCUCCCAAAAAGGGCUGAUUCUUGUUAUGCAGCAGGGGAGCUUCAGACUGCACAGAUGACUAUGACUAUAUUUUACGGUGGACAGGUGUUUGUGUUUAAUGAUUUUCCGGCAGACAAAGCGAAAGAAGUCAUGCUCUUAGCAGGCAAGGGAAAUGGACAGAGUUGCAAAACAUUCCCUUUUUCUACUGAGAGUGAUAUCGUCACUAAACCGGUGGAAGCUUGCAGUCUGAGUCGUCCUAUAAUUAGUGUAGUUCUACCAAUAGCAAGGAAAGCCUCCCUGCAAAGGUUUUUGGAGAAGAGAAAAGAUCGGAUUACUGCAAGAGCUCCGUACCAAACAAGCAACAACUCGAAGGCAGGUCUCUCAAAAUUACCAGUUGAAAACAAUUCCUGGCUUGGCUUGAUGGCUCCAUCACCACAGUGAUCUCCAGAUGUUGACAAAUUUAGGCUCCUGACUCUCCUCCUCAGUCACUGCAGUAACUGAAAGAAAGCUCUUAGUAGUUGUUGUUGUGGUCUCUUUAAUGGUUAUCCAAAUUAAAUGCCAUGUUAAGCCCCUUUCAAUUUUUCUUUCAACCAUAUAUUGCUGGCUGUUUCUAGUUGUGGCUCUAAUUAACGAGUCCAUUAUAUCUAACUGCGUUAUUAUUUCAUGUAAUUAAUUAAUUGAGAGUUUCAUUAAAUUAUGAUUCUGGCCCAUUCAUGACAA